AUGUUUAAAAGUUCCGUAUCAUCUUUUGCAACAAGGACGACUAUUGGUGGUUCUCAGAGGAGGAAAUUCAAAUGUCCAAAGACAACGAGAAUGAUACUGCUCGUGUUGCUGCUCAUGUGGAUUCCGAAUGCUCAAAUUUUUGCAUUAUUCCAUUCUGACAAACGAAAUCCCGAAAUCACUCCGAGGCUUGAUGAUGAUUUAAAACCAUCCAUCAUUUAUAACCUUUCCAAAAGUUGGAGAAAUUGUAAAACAAUCAUGGGAGAAGGCUCUUUCUUUUCAGAUUUACUUGAUUCGAAUUCUUAUGAAAUAUUAAGAAACCCUAAAUAUCCUCCAAUGGGAUGCGAAAGUAUUUCAGUGCCAAAUAUAGCUACCUCAGUCGUUGAGGAAUAUUGGAAAUUGGAUGCUUUUCCAAAUGCACGAUUUUACUCAAGAGAAGUGGUUCAUAAUUUGUGUGAAACAUUUGGUACUUCAUCCAACUUGUUACCGAAUUGUACACAAGUGUUGUGUGAUGAUAAGGGUGAGAGGAUGAGUGAAAUCAUUGGAGAUCGAAUAUUUGAUUUUAUUAACUAUUGUCAUUAUUGUUCGAUGGCAAAAGGUUUCCAAGAAUAUCAUCAAUUAUUGGAAAAUCAAACAUGUCGAAAUAGCAACAGCUCCAUUCAGACAAUGGUGACAUCCUUUCCAAAAUAUAUUCGUUAUUGUGGAGCCAUUAAUAUUGGAAUUCCAGUCAUUACUCCUUUGACAACAAAUUCCUUAAAGCAGAAAAUUCCUUAUAUUUACACAUGUUAUUGCUUUCAAUCGGAUCAAUUUGAAUUAUUUUGUGACAAGAAGGGCGCCAUUUCCAUCAUGAAUGAUUUUAAAAAAGUUGGAAUGACACUUGCGAGUUCAAUACUUGCAAUAGCCGCUCUCUUCUUACUGGUCAUUCCAAAACUGUUGAUUUGGAUCCAAGUUCCAAAUCAUGACUAUACUUUCCUCCAAAUUAGUCCCUCCAUCGUUGUACUCUUAUCCUUGUGUUGCAGAAUUGUUUCUCUUCAUGUUCCUCAACCCAUGUAUCCCUUUCAAUGGUUUACCAUGUUUUCCUCAAUCGCUGAAUUCUUAAACUAUUGUACAUUAUUGCUCAUUCUCAUGUAUUGGUUUGGAGUGAUGAGAUAUUUACAAACACAUCGACGAACAAGUGCUUGGAAAAAGUACCUAUUAUGUAUGAUUGGAUUGUUGUGUUGUAUUGGAUUGAGUGUGGAGCUGGGUUUUUUGGAAAUGCAAAUUCCAAGAAACUUUACCAAUGUGGUUUGGGUGUUGGUAUCAUGGAUGGUGGAAAUGGUGAUUUUUGCAAUAUUUGGAUGUUUCUCCUUGUUCAUUUAUUUAGCUCUGAAAAGAAUUACUGAAAUUAAUUCGAUACAAACUUCGUUUGGACAAUUCUCUUUAUUUUGUGUUGGAGUCAUGAUGGUAUUUACCACUGUGGAUUUAUGUUUGUUGGUCUCCUCACUGUGGAAUGAACGUGAAAUGUAUUCCUUCUUUUCAGCAUUUGUUUUGGUCGUGUAUUUGGUACUUGCAGCUGGAGUGAUUGUGUUUGAGUUUCAUAGGGAUGAUUUUUCAACUCUCUAUCGAUUCAUUCAAUCGAAAAGGGUGGAAGGCUUAAAGAAUCGACCGAAUGGCAAGAUUGAUGCAUGUUCUUGGGAUAGCUCAUCAUCUUCUGCCCUACCUCAUAACACUGAAACGGAUUACCAACAAAUUGAAUGA